AGCACCCGGAGUGCCUCUAUGGUUCUUCCUGUCCUUAGUCGGGAGGGGGCGCUGUGCGCAGGCGCGAGGUGACGCCGCGGCAGGACCGGAAGGAGUGUAGCGGCUGCCUCAGCGGCAGCGACGGAGCUCGCAGCUGUGGCUUCUGAAGAGUAAGCGGCGCGGUAGCGAAGGCCGCCGAACCCGCCUGGCUAGCCGGCGAGUUGAGUGGCGAACCUUUUGAAACAGAUGGUCACCAUGUUUAGAUAUUAGCAGUCCCGUAUGUGCAGGUCUGCGUUUGAAAAUGGCAGAGGGAAACAGCAAUGAAGAGGUGAUUCACUUGAACAACUUUCACUGCCAUCGGGGACAAGAGUGGAUCAAUCUCAGAGAUGGGCCCAUCACCAUAUCUGACUCCUCAGAUGAGGAAGGGAUUCCAAUGCUGGUCACCCCAGCUACUCAGCAGCAUGAAGAAGAGGACCUGGAUGAUGAUGUCAUCCUGACAGAAACAAAUAAACCUCAGAGAUCACGACCCAAUCUCAUCAAACCAGCUGCCCAGUGGCAAGAUCUGAAAAGGUUGGGAGAAGAAAGCCCUAAAAAGUCUAGAGCAGCAUUUGAAUCAGAUAAGAGCAGCUAUUUUUCAGUGUGUAACAACCCAUUGUUUGAUUCUGGGGCACAGGAUGAUUCUGAGGAUGACUACGGUGAAUUUCUGGAUCUUGGGCCUCCUGGAAUCUCUGAAUUCACUAAGCCAAGUGGCCAAAUAGAAAAAGAACCCAAGCCUGGACCGAGUCGUAACGAAGCAGCAAAUGACAUUGUCAACCCCAGAUCAGAGCAGAAAGUCAUCAUCUUGGAAGAAAGUAGCCUUCUUUACACAGAAAGCGAUCCUUUGGAAACUCAGAACCAGUCAUCCGAAGACUCAGAGACAGAGCUGUUAUCAAAUCCAGGAGAGUCAGCUGCUCUAGCAGAUGAUCAGGCCAUCGAAGAAGACUGCUGGUUAGAUCAUCCUUACUUCCAGUCUCUGAACCAACAGCCCCGUGAAAUAACAAACCAAGUUGUUCCUCAGGAACGGCAGCCUGAAGCAGAACUGGGCCGCUUGUUGUUUCAGCAUGAAUUCCCGGGCCCAGCUUUUCCAAGGCCAGAACCCCAGCAAGGUGGAAUUUCAGGCCCCUCUUCUCCUCAGCCUGCCCAUCCUCUAGGAGAGUUUGAAGACCAACAGUUAGCAAUUGAUGAUGAAGAGCCAGGUCCAGCCUUUCCAAUGCAAGAAUCUGAAGAGCCCAAUUUGGAAAACAUUUGGGGGCAAGAAGCUGCAGAGGUAGAUCAAGAACUUGUUGAACUAUUAGUGAAAGAAACGGAAGCAAGAUUUCCAGAUGUAGCAAAUGGGUUUAUUGAGGAAAUAAUUCAUUUGAAGAAUUAUUAUGAUCUGAAUGUACUUUGUAAUUUUCUUCUGGAAAACCCAGAUUAUCCAAAGAGAGAAGAUAGAAUCAUCAUAAAUCCCAGUAGCAGUCUGCUGGCCAGCCAGGAUGAGACAAAGUUGCCUAAAAUAGACUUUUUUGACUAUUCUAAAUUGACUCCUCUUGACCAGCGCUGCUUCAUCCAAGCUGCUGACCUCCUCAUGGCCGACUUCAAAAUGCUCAGUAGUCAGGACAUCAAGUGGGCGCUGCACGAGCUCAAAGGACACUAUGCAAUCACCCGAAAGGCCUUUUCUGAUGCCAUUAAAAAAUGGCAGGAGCUAUCACCAGAAACCAGUGGAAAAAGGAAGAAGAGAAAAGAAAUGAACCAGUAUUCUUACAUCGAUUUCAAGUUUGAACAAGGUGACAUAAAAAUAGAAAAGAGGAUGUUCUUUCUUGAAAAUAAGCGACGACAUUGUAGGUCCUAUGACCGGCGUGCUCUCCUUCCAGCUGUGCAACAAGAGCAGGAGUUCUAUGAGCAGAAAAUCAAAGAGAUGGCGGAGCAUGAAGACUUUUUGCUUGCCCUGCAGAUGAAUGAAGAACAGUAUCAAAAGGAUGGCCAACUGAUUGAGUGUCGCUGCUGCUAUGGGGAAUUUCCAUUCGAGGAGCUGACGCAGUGCGCAGAUGCUCACUUGUUCUGCAAAGAGUGUCUCAUCAGAUAUGCCCAAGAGGCAGUCUUUGGAUCUGGAAAGUCGGAGCUCAGCUGCAUGGAAGGCAGCUGCACGUGUUCGUUCCCAACCAGUGAGCUGGAGAAGGUGCUCCCCCAGACCAUCCUAUAUAAGUACUAUGAACGAAAAGCCGAGGAGGAGGUUGCAGCAGCCUACGCUGACGAGCUUGUCAGGUGCCCCUCCUGUAGCUUUCCUGCUCUGUUGGACAGUGAUGUGAAGAGGUUCAGCUGUCCUAAUCCUCGUUGCCGAAAGGAAACCUGUAGGAAGUGUCAGGGACUCUGGAAAGAACAUAAUGGCCUCACCUGUGAAGAGCUGGCUGAAAAAGAUGACAUCAAGUACCGUACCUCUAUUGAAGAAAAAAUGACUGCUGCCCGCAUUAGAAAAUGCCACAAGUGUGGGACUGGCCUCAUCAAAUCUGAAGGCUGCAACCGCAUGUCUUGCCGCUGUGGUGCCCAGAUGUGCUACCUCUGUCGAGUUUCUAUCAAUGGAUAUGACCAUUUCUGCCAACAUCCCCGCUCCCCAGGAGCCCCUUGCCAAGAGUGUUCAAGGUGCUCUCUCUGGACCGAUCCCACUGAAGAUGAUGAGAAGCUUAUUGAGGAAAUUCAGAAGGAGGCUGAAGAGGAACAGAAAAGAAAGAAUGGAGAGAACACCUUCAAACGCAUUGGACCCCCGCUGGAGAAGCCCGUGGAGAAGGUGCAGAGGGUGGAGGCCCUCCCGAGGCCUGUUCCGCAGAACCUGCCACAGCCACAGAUGCCGCCCUACGCCUUUGUGCACCCACCCUUCCCCCUGCCUCCCGUGCGACCUGUGUUCAACAACUUCCCUCUCAACAUGGGGCCUAUCCCAGCCCCGUACGUGCCCCCUCUGCCCAACGUGCGGGUCAACUAUGACUUCGGUCCCGUCCACAUGCCCCUAGAACACAACCUGCCCAUGCACUUUGGCCCCCAGCCGCGGCAUCGCUUCUGAUGGCCCCGAACCCCCAUUGAGCAGCACAGAGCCCUUUUGGGGUGGGAGUGUGUAUGGAGAACCCUCCCCCACCCCUCCCCCAAGGCUGGUGGCUGUGCCAUUGCAUCUUAGAUCAGGUUGAAGGGUAGGCUGGUUUUCUUCCCACCCCUUUCCCAGAAGGGCCACUGCUCCCAGAAGAGUGGUCACAGCUGGUGGGCCUCUGGGGGCCUGCAUGGGAUUGGUCUGGCUCCCACUGGGCAGAGUUAAAAGGGCCUUGAGGCCCUUCCGGAAGAGUUCUGCCAUCCUAGCAGGCAGCAUGGUGGCCCUGGCUGCUGUGUCACUCCAGUCCCUACAGAAAGAGACCAAGAGGAAAUAUUUUGCCUGCAUUCAUUUUUACCCCUAGCAAACACCAGGGAAAAACCUCUCAGAAUUAAAACCACAUGAGCCUUCCUUACAUAGCACAGACAGAUCCAUAAUAAAAAUGAAGUCCCAAAUGGUGGAGUUCAGAGACAGCUGCGAUGUGAACUGCUCCUCCCCUCCCAUCCCCCCAGGCCACCAUUGGCAGCCCUUCUGCCUUGUCCAUGGCAUAGGCCCUUGCUACUCACACCUGGGCCUCCUCGGAGUGGACCCCUGGGGAGCAAGGCUGCCGGGAGCAUUUCCCUGGAGGGGCCCACAGUUGGGCAGAGGGGGCUGCACCUGCAGGCCCGGGAAGCAUUGCUCAGGGUGGGGGGCCGGGACCAUGGCCCACAGAGGCACUGCCACCACCGUGAGGGCCAAGAUGCUGUCCCCCUAUCUAGAACCCGUGCACCACUGCAGUGAGUGUUGAGGGAACCUGUUCUCUCCGCUCUUAGACCUACUCAGAUGAGGAAGCAGCAGACCCUUCUCGCGGCAGGGGUUUUGCUCUGUUGCCGUCUGUCUCACCCUCAGUCUCUGGAAAGUCAGACUGAGAAAUCCUUUCCCAGGCCAGGCCGCUGCAGUGCACUGGAUGGUUCUGAAGCUGGCCCAUCGAAAGAGCCUUGAGAUAGCUAAGAUAGAGGCCUGGUGGCCCUGCCAGGCAGCCCAACUGCUAAGGGAGACAUUUGUGCUACCCUGGGUGAUAAGCUGAUAAGCAGCUUUUCCUCUCUGGCUUUUUGGGGGAGGAGUGGGCCUCCUGAGGGAGACAGGUGACCCUGGGUGCUGCCCCUGCGCUGUGUGUUCCCCUGGGUGUUCUCAGUGGUUGGUGAAGGCAGGUAGAGGGUGCUGUCUUUUACCUCCCAUGUGAGGGCCACCUCCCUUCUCAUGGGGUCAGCUGAGCAUCAGCUCGGCCCUGCCACGUCCCCACUUGCCCUCCUCGCCUCCUGUCCGGCCCCAGGUUUCUAGCCAUGCCCGAGGCAUCACUGUGGCCCAUUGGCAGAUGAGAGGCCUGAAACCUUCCUGGCUACAGGCAUCACUUUCUCCUCCCCAUGGCCUGCGUUGUCAUGUUACCAUGAGGUUCCGAGAGGUUUGGAGUUCACAGACCUCAGACACAGCUGAGCCUGACAACCAUUGGGGUGGGGCUGUUUCAGCCUCCGGAGUGGCCUGCCACCUCCUGUAUCAGGGCCUGGCCCACCCGAGGUGGCUAGGGCAGGCAGGCACUGUCAUUUGCUGCCAUUGGCUUCUCAGAUGUAUUUCAGGGACUAAAGUGGGUUUAAAAAGAUCUAAGAUGGCCCAGUGCGGUGGCUCCUGCCUGUAAUCCCAGCACUUGGGGAGGCCAAGGUGGGCGGAUCACCAGAGGUCGGGAGUUCGAGACCCCGUCUCUACUAAAAAUACAAAAUUAGCUGGAUGAGGUGGUGCAUGCCUGUAAUCCCAGCUACUCAGGAGGCUGAGGCAGGAGAAUCAAACCUAGGAGGCAGAGGUUGCAGUGAGCCAAGAUUGCGCCAUUGCACUCCAGCCUGAGCAACAAGAGCAAAACUGUCUCUCAAAAAAAAAAAAAAAUCUAAGAUACCCAUUCUUUCUGCCUUUGCCCAGGAUGGAGGCUUUGAAGACAGGUGGUCACCUGGGCAUGGGAUAAGGGUGCGUGGGGGGGCCGGGCUUGGGGGCAGCCUGCUGCUAUGUCCUUGCGCCCCUACCUGUUGGGCUGCCUGAAUUUUGUUACCAGCCUGAACGACAGUGCCUUGGAAAGGUGGGCUCCACGCGGCAGCAGCAGUAUUGUCUUCAGUACCUUAAAUAUGCUCCCUGUGCUUUCCCAGGGAGGAUCUCUGGGAGCAGAGGGCAGUUGUAGACAUGCCAGCUGAAGAGGAGGUGACCUCAGGCCCAGGGAGCCUCAGCUCCCUCUGCCCUGCACCCUAGGCACGUGGCUCCAGCAAGGGGCCCAUGCAGGACAAAGGGAGCAGGCAGCAGCUGCGGAAACAGCCCUAGACAGGUGCUGGCCUCAACCCUGGCAGGGGAGGGGGAGCCCAGAGUGAUGUUUCUCCUAAGGCCAAACCCCAAGGGCGGGUCAUUUGAGAGGAGUUCCAGCUGUUUCUGGCCACACUGGGGUGGUGAGGAAGGAGCUGCUGCCUUUUUCCUUGGAGGGUCCCUGAUUCCUGAGGAUCCUCCCUGAGCCAGGCACAGGGGACCGCAGGGCUGCUGUGAGCACCCACCUUGGCUCUCCAGGCCCGUCUGUCCAGAGGCAGGGCCUGGACCUUGGGCUCCUGCCUGGACCAGGGACGGGAGAAAAGCACUGGGUGUCUUCUGAGCAGCCAGCAGGAGGUUGUGCCGGUGCCCAGAGAGCAGGUCAGACCACAGGCAACCCUGAGGCAACUGGCACCUCCUCUCUUCCCCUGCAGGGCUUGCCCCAGGGCACAAGGCUCCCCAGCCACAGCCCCCUCUUACUUGCCUUAAAACUGGAGAGAGGAAUCUAGUAUUUGCACUUAGCAAAAUAUUUAAAAACUGAAAAAAAUGCAUGAUCUGUCACUUUGUAUAAAAAUAGAAAAAACAAACUUUUUCUUUACCUUCUGGUAGUAAAAAUAGAUAAAAUAAUUCCGUUUCAACUACUGUGUGUAAAAAGCCUGUAUCAUAUGUAACUGGGACUUUUUGUAAAUAAAUGUUUGUGCGCUCUGCU